GCGCCAAGCGCAGUUACAUUUUGCUAAGCGCGCCAAAUCGACGUCGCGUAGAACAAAACGUUCCCGCGCAAAUUGACGCGAAUUCGAAUUUCGAAUGUUUUUAAUUUUCGCCGGCCAGUGUAAAUAAAUGCAUUUAGCAUAGACAGAAUUAUUCAUCGUGUAUUUUUUUUAUUUGUAUGGCUAUUACAGUUCUGUAGAGUAAUAUUUGCAUUUAUUUUCUGUUGAAUGUUUUGAGAAGCUGUCAUGGCGAAGAUAUGCAUAGCGUUGCUUUCUGUUCUGGUGGCAGCGCUGACUGUAUCGGCGUACAACAGACCCAAUCUUCCUCCAGGACCGUACUGUGGACUCCCGUCUGCGGAUCCAUGCUGCAAGAAUCGCCAGGACGACUGCUCACACAGAAUACUUGACUCGUUGUGCUACUGUGAUGAGUUCUGUAGCCGGGACCGAUUGCACGAUGAUUGCUGUCCGGACUAUGAAGAGGUCUGCCUUGGAGUCCAGCCGGACCCUGGCUUCCUGGUGCAGCCCUGCAUCCACAACAAUAAACAAUACUUUCCUGGGGAUACCCGCACCGACAACUGCAAUAUCUGCACAUGUAAGAUCACAGACGAGGUCCGCAAGACCACAGAAUGGGAGUGCGAUAGAGACGCCUGCAUCAUCAGCAACGAUGUGGUUUACGGAGUGAACCAACCAGGCAUGAGCUGGCGGGCCUACAACUAUACAGAGUUCUACGGGAAGAAACUGAAAGACGGCCUUGUGUAUAAGCUGGGAACAUUGCCGCUGAGUAGGGAGACCAGACGAAUGGGAUCCAUCCGGUACGACAAGGACAUUCCCUAUCCUCGUGAAUUCGACGCCCGCCGUCGCUGGCCCCGCUUCAUCUCACCUGUGGUAGACCAAGGCUGGUGCGGCUCCGAUUGGGCAGUUGUCGUCGCUGGCGUGGCCUCAGACAGAUUUGCGAUCCAGUCGAACGGUGCUGAAAACAUGGUGCUGAGUCCACAGAGCCUAUUGUCAUGCAACGUGAGACAGCAGCGUGGCUGCCAUGGCGGCCAUAUUGAUGUUGCUUGGAAUUUUGCGAGAAGCCACGGACUUGUAGAUGAAGAGUGUUUCCCGUACCAAGCAGCAGUUAUUAGGUGUCCAUUCCAUCCAAAGAGCACCCUGGUCGAAGAUGGAUGCAGACCCCCGGUGAAGCAGCGUACGUCGCGCUACAAGGUGGGACCCCCCGGGAAACUGACCAAGGAGGCGGACAUUAUGUACGACAUCAUGGAAUCUGGACCGGUUCAUGCUGUGAUGACGGUGUACCAGGACUUCUUCCACUACCGCGACGGCGUUUACCGGCACAGUGGACACGGAGAUGUUACUCUGCAGGGACUCCACAGCGUUCGCAUCGUAGGCUGGGGCGAAGACAGAGGCGAUAAGUACUGGAUUGUCGCCAACAGCUGGGGCCCACGCUGGGGCGAGAACGGUUACUUCCGCAUCGUGCGAGGCGCUGACGAAGCCGGCAUCGAGUCGUUCGUCUUAACCGUGCUCAGUGACGUCACCGAAGCCAACCAAAAAUAACCCAGGCAUUACCUGGUAGCACCACUGUGCGUCACCACCAGGGUGGUUAAGACCAGCAAGGGUGUUAUACUAUUGAACAGAACGCGGAGUUUCGGGUUAUGAUCUGCUUUUUGUGAUAUUUUUCCCUCGGGCCAAAGUAUAGGGCGACACUGAAUGAACGUGGCCGAAAUAGAAGCCACAAUAGUCGCCUUCUUGUUAUACUUCACUACUUACAGUUUAUUCUUAGAUCAUUUAUGCGUCUAGAUAGACUGUAACAGCUGUGAAAACAUCGAAAAAUAUUGAGGUUGACAGUUAGCCUUUAUUUUGAGCAAUGCACGCACACUAACACAAAGUGACAUACAAAUCGCGAGUAUCAGACGUAGCUUGUCACGCACGCAAAAGUAAUAAACCCGGCCUGUUUUCAUCGGUUGUCUAACAGCAAGAGGCUUUAUCUAGACGUAUAAAUUAUCUAAGAGUUAAUUAAUAUAAUUAUUUUAACAUGAAUAUUACUAAUAAUUAGUAGAUUUUUACUGUAUCGUUGAAUGUAUUUUAUAAUAAGCAAUAAAAAAAUACGAAUUUUUUUAAUUCAUGUCGAGUCAUAUUUAUUGUAUAUUUACAUUUACUGUCCCUGUCACACUUUAUAAAAGUAAAGCUAUUUUUUUUUUAAACUUACACUCAUGGAACACUGGUCAUUAGAUUAAAAAAAAUAUGUAUUAAGUACUCACCACUUUUCAAUUGUUAUCGAAAUAUAUAUUAGCCCUUCCUGCUCAAUCCAGCCUCUGGAUGUAAGGCCUUAUUUAGGGUUUCUUAUACCUCUAUUAGAUCAGAGAACCUUGCGAUGAAAAUCUUAAACACACGUCAAUCACAUCUGAUAUAAAAAUUUAGCUUUACUUUGUCGUAAAAAUAUAACUACUUAACUCUGAACCUGCAAGUGUACUUACAAUUGUUUUAUAACAAUUUUCAUUAACAAUUUAAGUAUUUUUAAUAGGGUUUAGAACCAUAUAUUUUUAUAUAGUAAGAAUAAUAGUUCUCAAACACUAGAGUCCACGGUAUUUACUCGGAAACAUGUUUUCGUAUAUUUCACUCUUAGGCGCCACCUCCACGAGCGAGUGAAAUUAUAUUUUAUUAUCGUCAUGUCACGUAUAUCUGUGCAUUAAAUGUCACCACGGCGAUUCGUAGUGAUAUUAAAACGUCAACGUUAAGUCGUGCCUGUCACUAAAACGGAGUACAAAGAGGAUGUAAAUACUACAUUUACUAAUUUGACAUAAGUUUGAAAUAGUAGUAAUUCCAAAUGGCGAUUGAUCAAGAAGUAUAAUCCGGCUAGGUUUGAAAGCGAACAAUUGCUCGCAAAAAAUACAAAAUGUAGCGGAUUUCGGAUGUCUCCAUUUUUCACAAGAUUAUAGCCGUCAUCUGUCAACCUGUCAAUGACUGCUCGUUUUAUACAAUCGAGUGAUUCGCUUUUUCCUUAGAGAGUUUCGUUAGGCCGACGGAGUCUUCGUAUACGAACGAUAAAGACGUAGCGAGACGGGUCGGUACACAAUAAUGACUUUCUACACAUAUAGACAAAUCACGUCGUAUAAGAACAAAGUCGAAAUAUGGAACAUGGCACGAAUUACACCAUACUUCGACUGCUAUAUCUAUACAUUGCCGCAUUUACUCCAGUUGUUCAAAAUAUUCUUUGUCAAUAAUCAGCAAUGUAAAACAUUUAUUCAGUUGUCUUUAAGCACACUUUUGCCGUUCCGCUGUCAGACUGCUAAUGAUAUUAUGUCCUUUUACAUAUAGAACGUUAUUAAUUUACAAAAUAAUCGUCUUCCCGUGGAGGUUGGGCCAUACGAGAUGGUUUAACGGAAUUCAAAUCAUUUUUUUAUCAAAUUACUCACCUAACGACACGUUUGUAAUUUUGUAUGAGCAAAACUUUGAACCCUUCAACAUAAGUUUAUGAUAUAUAUUGUCUGUAUAAGAAUAGCUUGUCGAACUAGAAUAAGAUCAAUUAAUUAAUGCGUAAAAAUUUCUCUUAAAACAUUUAUUAAUAUUAUGCAGUUACUCUUUUGUAGUAUAGACUAAGAGCUAGUAACAUCAGAUUUGUUAUACUUUAGUAUAAGAGCAAAUGUUAUUCAAUUAUGCAUCACACGAUGAAGCACUGUGAUAUGUUACAGUCGAAACGAUUUCUAGUUUUUUUUUUUCAAUAACGUAUUAAAAUACGAGGGAAAGAGACAAAACGUUAUUAAAAUAAGUUAGUGUAAGGUUGUGUAAGUCAAAGAUUUGUAAGCUUUUGUAAAACAAUAUUUAUUCUGUACUGCCACCAUAGUCCGUUUACACAUUAAAGUUAAGACUUAUUAAAAUA